AUUGUGGAUGCGGUGGAAUGAUUAAUUUGGAAUUACCAUUCAGUUUUCUGGAGAAUUUGGAGCUAGGAUCAUGAGUUGGAUGAUUGAGAAGUUUCGCUGUUGCACAAUUCCUUUGAUUGGGGGAUGCCCUGUUAGGAUUUGAUUACCCGUCUGAACUCUGCUUGUGGCGAUAUUCAUGAUUGUCGAUGGAUUCAAAUGCUGAUUAGGUCCAAUUGGAAGGAUUUAGAUUCUCUAGUAGAGUAUGAUGAAUUCCACUGAGCCAUCAUCCUUUUUGAGCUUUACUUCAUCUUCCCAUCUAUCAAAUGAUUCUAGUAGCUUUAACAUGUCUGCCUCCAGUAUGCCUGAAUCUGGAGCUAGUCUUGAAGUCCUUAGUUUGAGCAAGCUUGGCUGUAAUCUGGAACAGCUUUUGGCUGAUACUACAUUUGACUAUAGUGAUGCAGAAGUUAUUGUCGAAGACAUCUCGGUGGGUGUUCACCGAUGUAUUUUGGCAGCCAGGAGUAAAUUCUUCCACGACCUCUUUGUACAGGGGAAUACCUCUUCCCGGAAGGAGGGUAAACCAAAGUAUUGCAUGACCGAUUUGGUGCCGUAUCACAAGGUUGGUUAUGAAGCCUUCUUGAUUUUCUUGAGUUACUUGUAUACUGGAAAGUUGAAGGCAUCUCCACUGGAGGUUUCAACAUGUGUCGAUGGUGGCUGUGCUCAUGACGCAUGCCAACCAGCUAUCAAUUUUGUUGUCGAGUUGACAUAUGCUUCUGCAGUUUUUCAGAUAACAGAGCUCGUCUCUCUUUUCCAGCGGCGUCUUCUGAACUUUGUUGAUAAAGCAUUUGUGGAAGAUGUCAUCCCAAUCCUUCUGGUCUCCUUCCAUUGCCAAUUGAAUCAACUUCUCAACCAUUGUGUCAAUAGAGUAGCACGAUCUGAUCUUGACAGCAUCUCUCUAGAGAAAGAGCUCCCAUUUGAAAUCAUAGAGAACUUAAAAUCUCUUCACCUCAAAUCUCAGUCAGACAAGGAAAAUGAAAUGGACAUGGAUGCCAUGCGUGAAAAGAGAAUCAGGAGAAUUCACAAGGCAUUAGACUCUGACGAUGUUGAAUUGGUGAAACUACUCCUGUCUGAAUCUGAUAUCACCUUAGAUGAGGCCAAUGCUCUUCACUAUGCUGCUGCCUAUUGUGACCCCAAGGUUGUGGCUGAGGUCCUCGAUCUUGGAUUAGCUGAUGUCAACCUCAGGAAUGACCGAGGUUACACAGUUCUGCAUGUGGCUGCAAUGCGUAAGGAACCAUCAAUUAUAGUGUCUUUGCUGACAAAAGGGGCUUCUGCAUUGGAAACAACAUUGCAUGGUCAAAGUGCUGUUAAUAUUUGCCGGAGGCUGACAAGGCCAAAGGAUUAUGGUGCAAAGACUAAACAGGGCCGGGAAACGAACAAAGAUCGGUUAUGCAUUGACGUCCUGGAAAGAGAGAUGCGGAGGAAUCCAUUGGCAGGGGACAAGUAUAUAUCAUCACCAGCUAUGGCUGAUGAUCUGCAUGCAUGGUUGCUAUACCUAGAAAACAGAGUGGCAUUUGCGAGACUGUUCUUUCCCUCUGAAGCCAAGCUGGCCAUGGACAUAGCACAUGCUGAUACAACAUCUGAGUUUAUUGGUCUUUCUGCAUCAGAACGCUCUGGAAACUUGAGAGAGGUUGAUUUGAAUGAGACACCCACAAUGCAGCAGAAAAGGCUCCGUUCAAGGUUGGAAGCUCUUAAUAAGACAGUGGAGAUGGGACGACGCUAUUUCCCCCACUGUUCACAAGUGCUGGACAAAUUCCUGGAGGAGGAUCUGCCUGACUUGUUCUUCCUUGAGAAGGGAACUCCAGAUGAACAGAGAAUCAAAAGGGCACGUUUUACUGAGCUUAAGGAUGAUGUUCAGAAGGCAUUUAACAAGGACAAGGCUAAAAUCAGCCGCUCAGGGUUGUCCUCAUCAUCGUCGUCCUCAACUUCUCUGAAGGGGUGUGUAAAUUACAAGGUCACAAAGAAGUAAAUGUAUGGUAGUUAUGUAUUUCUGAAGGAAAAAGAAAGUACUUUUGAGAAAUGUAAAAUUUUUUUGAUAGUAUCGUUUGUCAUAGAUCUCCCAUAAGAGCCUGCAAUUGUUGGAGCUCCUCUGUAAACUUUUCCUCCCUUCUAUAGCUCGACUGUUCGAUCAGUUUAUCUAGUCCCACAUGAAUUUCCUUCUCCUAA